AUUAUUCUUUAAUUAAAAUCUUUUUUGUUACCCAUUUUUAUCAAAGAAUCUCAAUGGAGAUGACGUGUCACGUCAUUUGACAAUGAAAUUAUUUUGUUAUCUUGUAUAUUAUCAAAUUUUUUCGAAUUUUCUAUUUCACAUCUGAGAGUCUUUUUUUCUUGUGUUAUCUAAAAAAUGGCUUCCACUGUUUCGCUUUCUUUACUCAGCGGCGGUGGUGGAGCUCUUCAGGCGCGUUGCACAAGAAAUGUGCAUGUUAGCCCACGAGCGGCGCAUUCUAACAAACCCGCGCCUCCAUCGUUCUCACUAACCGGCGCAUCUCGCAGGAAUCUCCUCUUUUCCCUGACGGCAGCGACGGUGAUGACAGGACUUCAGUCGGCAUCAAUGGCGGAGAAUAUUCCUUUUUUUGGUAUAAGAAAGAAGCUGAAUAAGGCAGAAGAAGAAGCGGUGGAGAUCGUGAAGGAAGGCUUUGAGACGGCGGAGAAAGGUGUUGAUGCGGCGGAGAGAGGAUUAGAAGCGGCGGAGAGAGGUGUAGAGUCGGCGGAGAAGGAAAUCGUGACGGCGGUUAGCUUUAAUGGAUUGACACAAGCCGGAGCCGUUGUGGCGGCUGAGUUCGUCGGGGUUCUUGUCGCUACGUCAGUGGUGAAUGGGAUUUUAGGACCAGAAGCCCAGAAAUCUUAGGAUAAAUCUAAUGCUAUAUGUGUACUUUUUAUGUUGGAAUUAAAGAAAAAGCUGUCUAAAUUUUUGUGUUAAUUAAGUUUUGUAAUAUCAUAAACUCUAUACAUGAAAAAGAUCAGAAUUAUGUGGUCUAUUUUGUUUCA